AUUAACACCAAUGGAUUUGUGGCGGUCGUUGACCCUCCAGCUGAGAGUGAGUACCUGGGGAAGAUGCCCGCCAGUUUUCCAAUGAUUGCUGCUCUGCUGGGAGACCUGGACAACAGUGACGGACGGGGGAAGGUCUUCUACCGGCAGGACAGAAGCCCAGAUGUACUGAGUCGAGCCGCUGAGCACAUCGAACAAGCUUUCUCCAGGGAAGAAGGAGUCAAGCCCAUCAGCGUCCUCGUCGUCACCUGGGUGAACAUGGCUGCUCGGGGGACUUCUGGUCGAGGGGACGGAUUGGACGCUAUGAGAAACACGUUCCAGCUGGUUGUGGCCUCCAUGAAGUCAUCCUCCUAUGCCAUCCUCUUGUAUCCGACAGACGGACUGCAGUUCCUCUCCACGUCUGUUGGGGAUGACAAUAAGCUCCUAGAGGCCGGCUUCAAUGAAGGCAUGGUGCAGGGCUGGUUCCAGAACAGCCAGGGGACGUACUACCGAACUACGACAGAUGAAGAGGCCUCCAUCAGGGAACUUACUGAAAAGACAAAUUCUGGACGCAAAGGGGUUUGGGUGUACGAGAUUGGGCCUUCGCGGUUCUUUGUCAGCAUCAUACCAGGAAUUAUCACUGGCCUUCCUGAGGAGAAAGGUACAACUGAACUUCCUGUGACGGUGUUGCCAAGACUACCCAAUGAGCAACAGGAGGUGGAGUUUUCAACCUACGCAACCCAGACGAUGAUGUCAACCGAAGCAGCAACAGAAGUGAAGGAGGAGUUUCCGACUGAUGAAGCUGAGACCGCGACACCAGGGUUUGUCAAACCAGAGAUUGAAGAGCCGCAGUAUAGUCCUGAAAGGGUUCGUCCACAUAAUCCAGACCCUCCUAAACCAACAUACCCUGAUCCUGAUCCAGUUCAACCACGAUACAUCAGUCCUGAACCAGUCCAACCAGUGCCACCCCAUUCCCAGCCCCAACACCCCCAGAUUGUUGUGGUGGAUGAAGACGAAGAUCUGGAUGUAAAUGUAUUUGCGUACAAUCUGGAGACCUGUGCCCACAACAGACACAAAUGCUCUAAUUUUGCGGAUUGUCGGGAUUACAGUAACGGGUACUGCUGCCACUGCAGGCCUGGUUUCUAUGGUAAUGGGAAGGACUGUGUCGCAGAAGGUAAACCGCAGAGAAUGAAUGGAAAGGUCAAUGGUCAGGUGUUUGUGGGGAACUCGCCCGUGGAGUUCAGUAACAAUGACUUGCACUCAUAUGUGGUGGCCAAUGACGGACGGGCUUAUGUGGCCAUCAGCAACAUCCCCACAAGCAUAGGGCCCUCCUUGCAACCGCUGUCCUCCCUGGGAGGAGUCAUCGGCUGGGCCUUCGCCUUGGAGCAGCCCGGCUACCAGAAUGGCUUCAGUCUAAUUGGUGGCGUUUUUUCCCGACAGGCAGAGGUGAUCUUCCAGCCUGGAAACGAGCGUUUGAGCAUCAAGCAGCAGUUUAAAGGCAUCGAUGACCACGACCACCUGGUGGUGAGCACGGAACUGGAGGGACGUCUACCCCACAUCCCGCUGGGAUCCUCCGUUCAGAUCAACCCGUACAAAGAGAUCUACCAGUACGACAGAAACUUGAUCACUUCCUCCUCAAACCGCGACUACGCCAUCACCUCCCCUGACGGCACUGUUCAGACUAGAAGCUUCCAGUGGCGUCAGACCAUCACCUUCCAGAGCUGCCCUCACAACGAUGUAACCCGGGUGGCACCAUCCACCCAGCAGCUCAGCGUGGACCAGAUCUUCGUGAUGUUUGACGCUGACAACAAUCUGACCCGCUACGCCAUGAGCAACAAGAUAGGCUCCGUCCACAGCAGUCUUCCGGAGCAGAAUCCAUGUUUCACCGGCCGACACGGCUGCGACAUCAACGCCGUGUGCAGACCAGGCGAAGGCCUCCAGUUCACUUGUGAAUGUGCUGCCGGCUUCACCGGAGAUGGACGCUACUGCCACGAUAUUGACGAGUGCAGAGAGACGUCCUGGAUCUGCGGGUCCAACUCCGUCUGCAGUAACCAGCCCGGAACCUUCCGCUGUGAGUGUUUGACUGGAUUCAUGUUCGCCAGCGAUGGAAGGACCUGCACUGAGGAGAAUCGUCUGGUGGAUCAUUGUCAGACAGGAAGUCAUGACUGUGAUGUAUCUGACCGAGCUCUGUGCAGCUACACCGGAGGUUCGUCGUACGUCUGCUCGUGUCUCCCGGGCUUCGAGGGCGACGGUCAGUCGUGUCAGGAUGUGGACGAGUGUCGACUGGAUCGUUGCCAUGGUAACGCAUUGUGCUCCAACACACCAGGCUCCUACACCUGCCAGUGCUACCCUGGUUUCCAUGGUGAUGGAUUCCAAUGCAGGCCCACAUCCUCAG